AUGAGCGCUCUCGGCAUAUUGGACUUGAAUGAUGAUUGCUUAUAUUAUUUGCUGAGUCAACUGACAGAUGAGGAGCAGCUGAGCUUUACGCAAGUUUGCCAACGCUUUCGUCAGUUGUUUGUGGCAAGGCAUGGCUAUAAGCUACGCGAAUUCACGCUGCACACGCGGAGCACGCGACAAGAGCUAAUUGCACUUAGCAUAUGUUGCGAGCAGGUGCAGCAGCUGACAAUCGAUUUGGAUAAUUCCAACGCACUGCAUACAGUGGCCCACAGCAGCAACUGCUGUCUCAACUGCUUCACCGUACUGUGUGCAACGCUGCAGCGCAUGUGGCAGCUGCAACGGCUGGUGGUGCAACAGCUACAUUUCAUGACGACACCAGUGCCGCAGCCAUUUGAGAAAAUUUUAGCUGCUGUUAGGCACUUGCCGCACCUGCAGCAACUUAAGCUGAAGGCCACGAACGAAUGGACAUGCAAUAAUGUGCAGCACUUGCAGCAUUUAGAGCAGCUGCAGUUGCACAUUCAGCACAACAUCGAAGCAGACAUACUCAUCAAGUGUUGCAAGGCGAGUAGUCGGCUGCGUAUACUUGAUCUCGGCUAUGGCUGUGUGCAACGUCAGCUUGUUAAUAUUGUGCCCCACUGUGCGCAGCUAGAGAUCUUACGCUUUGGCAUGACGGCCGAGGCUACGGACUAUGCGAAGCUGGCCAAGCUGCCAAAGUUGCGACAGUUGAGUCACUGUGGUAUACGGCGUAGUGGCUGCUUUGUGCCGCUGCUGCAAGCAUUGGUGGCGCCUCAGCAAUUGCAACUGCUGGAGAUUGACGGUGGCUCGCUGAACAUGGAGGAAACUUUGCAGCUUGUGCGCUUGCGUAGUUUGCAGCAACUUAAAUGUUUCUUUUCGAAUGCCGGCUGUGUGGCAAUGUUGGCGCAUCUGAAGCAUCUGCAGCAGCUGUCCUUCUGGAUGACUUGCCAAGAGGAUAUAACACAAGAGCUGCUGGCUGUUGUAGCUGGCUGCAGGCAACUGCAAGUGCUACGUGUGGCAGUGGCGCGUUUGAGCAAAUAUUUCUUGGCUGAUGUGGUGCAAGUCAGGGAGCAACAACAACAGCCGCUGCAGCUGGAGUUGCCGCAAGCCGCAGCACUUGAGAAACACACGAGUCCGCUGCUCACUUGCUUGCCGUUUAAGGCAGAGUCCUGGAAAAUAUCCGCAAUACAGUCAGCAUAAAAAGUUAAGUCAUUUACAAAAAGAAAAAAAUAAAUUAAAAAUUAUUUUAUA